AUGCCAGAUGACAAGACCCCUGACAUCACCUCAAUCAGAACAUUAAGACAGAAGAGAUCUUCCAGCAUCCCUGGUGCUAGCUCCAACCUGAAAUGGGUGUAUAGGCGUUCCGGUCAUCAUCUCCCUGACGGAUCUGUGAUAUAUCACAACACCUAUGACAAUCGCUAUGACUACAUCUGCAGAUGCCGUUGCUCAGCUGGUUACCACGCCAAAGGAAGUAACACGUGCGUGACCACUGGUGGCGGAGACCGUAAAUGCACCUCCUUUUAUGUCCUAGUGAACAAAGACAACUUUGAGUAUUUGGAUUGGAAGGAUGGCUCCGAUGGUUCAGUGCCUAAGAAUUCAAUCAAGAGCUGCCCCAAUGGUAAAACAUAUGUUGGGAAGAACGAAUAUGGUCUUGGAAUGGUGUAUGUUCCAGACAAGUGCUUAUACCUUCCCUGGGGAGAGUCUCGCUCACAACCAAAUGACUCCAUACUGGACCCAGCGCCAGAGGACAGGACGGCUGACAUCACCUCGGACAGAACAACAGAUGAAUUUCCUCUGUCUUCUCCUACCCUGAGACAGAAGAGAGGUGCCAGUAAUGACUAUAACCCGAUUCCUAACUCCAACUUGAGAUGGGUGUACAGGCGUUCUGGUAGUCGUCUCCCUGCCGGAACUGUGUAUUACGGCAACUGGUACACACAUCGUCGUGACUAUAUUUGCCAUUGUCGUUGUGCAGCAGGUUUCCACGCUGCAGGAAGUAAUACGUGCAAAUAUGCGUAUGGUUUCAAAGAACAUACAUGCACUAACUUUUAUCUCCUGGUGAACAAAGACAAUUUUGAGCUUUUUGAGUUUAAGUCCGGUUCCUAUGGUUCAGUGCCUAAGGAUGCAAUCAGGACCUGCCGUAAUGUUAACAUAUUUGUUGGGAAGAACAAGUAUGGUCUUGGGAAGGUGGAUGUCAGAAAUAAGUCCUUCUAUCUUCCCUGGGAAGGUUGGGAGUACAAGUACAGGUAUUACGAUGUCCUGGUCAUGAGCAGGAAAGUUAAGUCAGACCGCAUUUCUGAUGUCAAGUACAACUUUAAAGCAGCUAAAAAAAUUAGUCAUCCUCCAGAGGUCAUGACCAAGGCUUCCACUAGCAAUUACCAGUGUAGAACAGUUUCCAAAACAGUUCAUCUCUCAAAGGAGUAUUCAGAAGAGAAAAGGUGGGACAGUACCACUUCCAUCUCAGUUGGUGUUACAACCAGCUUCACUGGCAAAAUCCCAUUUGUUGGCGAGACAGGUAUUGAGGUCAGUGCUUCAGUAACAAAGGAUAUCUCCAAAGGCAGCAGCAUAAGCGUGUCGAAAAAUCUUGCUGUCGAUGUGUCGGUAACUGUCCCACCAAACCACUCCUGUGGUGUCAAAAUUAUGGGACAUAGGUACACAACAAAAGUCCCAUACACAGCACGCCUCUCCCGCACAUACAAAAACGGGAAAGUCAAAUCAACAACCACCACUGGGACAUUCAAUGGUGUCAAUGUUGUAGAUUUCAGGUCUGUUGUAGAUCGCUGUGUCCCUCUUCCCCAUGCUCAUCCUUGCAAGUAA